UAACUUAAUGCGACUGCUCUGCUGUCAUGUCAGUGAAGGCGCGGGAGGACGAGAUUCAGCAGCAAUUUUUUGACGUGUUUUAGCCUUGUUUGCAGUAACUAAAUAUCAGCAGCAUUGUUUUGUUUUAUUUUUUAACGUUUAACGUGUAGCAACACGAUAGCUUCUGUCACAUAGCUUUGCCUCGUGUACAUCUAUAGAAAAGUUUAGACGCCACAGUGGUAAUAGUAUUUUUUUUUUUUCUAAAGCUAGCUAACUAAAACUUUUGGUCAGGUAAACUCAAAUCAAAAGUCAUUCGGCAAGAUGGCUUCGAGAAAAGUCAACGAUAUUGAAGGGGCCACUCUUCCUUUUGCUGCCCUGCAGCUCCUGGCCCCCCCGGUCCGCCUGGUGUCRGCAGCCGUCUGGAAAGUGCUGAAGCAGAGGGACGUGAUGCAGUACGGUGUCGUGGAGGAGUUUGUGACCUCAGUCUGUCAGRCGAUUCCCGGGCUGCUCACCUUCCGACACCAGGCCAAGCUGAGCCUGGGGCUGAGAGCCCGACUGAUCUUAGAGUUGUGCCGCUCACAGCCCGAUGCUGAAGUGAUCGCACCACAUCUGGAGAGGGUUUGUGCUCCUGCUGCUUCGUCUGUGAAAAAGGACGUAAAAAUCAUGAAAACAGUGGAAAACUUCCACGCUUUGGUUAGCAGCUUGCUGACGGACACAGCGGACAGGGAGCGCUUCUUCACAGAAGUGUUUCCGGUGGAGUACGGGCCAGAGUUUGAGCAGGACUUGGAGAAGCUGCUGUGGGAGUUUUUGAUUCGAUUGGACCAGCUGCUUCCAGUUCCYACCCUCUCUCAGACGGUGUCGUGGCUCAGUGAAACCCCUGCUGUUUUGGAGGAGUGUGCACAAUCAGCCACUCAACCGCAGCUUCUUAACAUCCUACUUCAGCACCAGACGUGCCUGGGUCACCUGGAGUCUGCAGCAUCUUUACCCCCAAACAUGGGCAACUCCAUCCUGGCUUCUCUUUCUCUGCCUCCAUCCGGACGAGUCUCCUCAAAUCCCUUAACAGGAGACAGCAAAUCAUCAAGAAUAGAGUGCGGCAAGCCGAGCAGGCAACAGACGAACUACUGGAUUCAAGUAAGAACCAGGCUUUCACUUCAGUCAAACGAAAGAAGGCCAAAGAAGAUGGAGGGAAAGAUGUUCAGGAACAGGCGGAGGAUGAGCAGCUCAUCUGAAGAAGAAGAAGAACAAGGAGGAGGAAGAGGAAUAACCUCUUUCUAUAAGAAACAAAACAGUCACAGGAGGAAGUUACCAGAACGGAAACAAACAAAUCAGAUUCAAUCAUCUGAAUGUCCUGGUCUGGACAACAAACGUUCUCCAUGCCACGUUGAAAACAAACCCAGGCUGGUAGAAAUACUGCAGCUCAUGGACAAUAACGUCAGAUUAUCUCUGGUUAAAUGGUUUUUAUGGAAAACUGAUUACAAACUGUUAGGUAAAUUAGGUUUUAUUAUAAAAGCAUUUACUUGAUCUUUUGUUUUUACUUUGCCACCAACAUGYAUCUCUUAUGUACACAUUGUUUUUAAUAUUUUUACUUAUUAAAGUUUUACAAAUAAAUACAAUCAUAGGUUUUUAAUUAUUCUUUAUAAUUUUGACAUUGAGUCUGCAUUAGCAAACACUUCAUUUACUUAAUGAAGAAAUAAAGCUUGUUACAAAUAAUUGCUUUAAUUUUUUAUUUACCUUUAUUAAGGACCGUCUUGCUGUGAGGCACUGCUGCUCAGUGGUUAGCACUGAUUAUUAUAUUUUGUUUUUCUAUUGAUUUUAUACAGCUUUAGUUGUCACCUUUAAUUUCAACUUGGCUAAAUAUAAAAAAAAUCUUUCUUAAAUGUAAAUCUUCACCAUAUUUUUGGAAAAUCCUAUGAUUUUUAUAAUGCAGCUACAAAGACUAGAUUUCAAAGUAUCUAUUCUGGAGAUUUUUAUAUAAAAAUUGUCAUUGCAAUCUUGACGUGCCUUACUAUAGACUAAGAUAUUCCACUCUGCAUUUCUUCAGUUCAACCCUUUUAGCUCUUGAUGUUUACAUCGAAAUAAGACAACACAAAGAUUUAAGUGAUAAAACAAAGGAGUGAUACUGCAGCUGAUAAUGUCCUAAUAUUCAAUCACAAAGCAUAUUUUCUAAUAAACUUUAUUUCAUAUCUUAA